GUAGCCACCAGUCUACAUGGGAUUGUCCAUGUCUACCUUAGUAGGUACGGUAUCACCUUGGCUCUUUUACUUCACGCCAAUGUCUGCUCACUGAUUUGAUUGAACUAUGUGAUUUUGAUUUAUGCUGGCUUGUCAUAUUCCGUACCAUAAGCCUCCUUCUAGCAACGGACGAUCUAUCUGCCCUUGGACAGUUAUUGCUAACAUACUGCGGCGUUUUACUAUUCCUGAGGGCUUGGUGCGCCUAAGCACGAUCUAUCAUCCAUCAUGUCGACCAAACCACCGUCGCGGGUUGUCUUUGUUGGAAAUAUCCCCUAUGGGCUUUCCGAAGAGCAAAUCAGCGACAUCUUCAGCACUGCUGGAAAGGUCCUCAACUUCCGCCUUGUCUAUGAUCGCGAGACUGGCCGCCCAAAAGGAUUCGGCUUUGCCGAGUAUCCAGAUGCAGACUCUGCAGCAUCAGCAGUUCGGAACUUGAACGACCAUGAGAUCAUGGGUCGCAAACUUCGUGUCGACUACAGCACCGAAGGUCGCGUGGAUGGAGAUGAUAAUACCAAUACCACCAACGAUUAUAGUCGCGGCGCCAACGGGGUUUCGCAUCAAGCAGCUCAAUCACAGUCUGCAGGAUCCCUACCGCCUCUUCCACCAGGAAAAGAGCUUCCACCAGGCAUGACUGCUACCGACGCCAUCUCGCGAACACUCAACACUCUUCCCCCUUCUCAACUUCUCGAUAUCCUAUCACAAAUGAAAUCGCUUGCCACCACGGACCCAGCCCGCGCGACCGAGCUUCUUACACAAGCACCACAACUAUCUUAUGCCAUCUUCCAAGCUCUACUCCUCAUGGGUUUAGUUUCACCCGAAGCAAUCCAGUCCGUUCUGGAUACAAGCGCUGCGCCGCCACCGCCUGUUGCGCAACCAACACCGGUCUAUCCCCCGGUGAUGCCCAGCUAUACAGUACCAGCAACCUCGACACCCCCUGCUCCUGCGGCCUACGCGCCACCUGCAAACCCUGCGCCUGUUCAGCAAGAUCCAGAUGCUCUCAUGCAGGCAGUUAUGAACUUGCCACAGGAGACUAUUGAUCAAUUACCCGAGGCUGAACGGCAGCAAAUCCUUGCUCUUCGGGCUAGCUUCAUGGCACAACGGCGUUGAGGCUACUGUGACGAGACAUUCCUUCUUUCUUAACACGCAUGAGAACAAAGGAGCUCCACGGUGUCAUUUCGAGAUUGUUUCCACAACCUAGGAACGCGACUAGACCCGGUAUGAUGCACCGAAUCGACUCCCGCGAUUCUACCGAUUUAGGUCCAUAGGUUAGGUUCUCGAGCUGCUGAGGCUUACAACCAAUUCGACGUCUCACUAUGUGCUUUGAUGGACCUUGUACAUUAUAAUCAGUUAUUAUUAUGAAGGCUGGUGUCACGAACUGGGCAGGUUAUACAAAAGACUUAUGCGAGCAGUAACUCUACGGUAGAGGAGAUGGCACCUCACUAGGUAUAAUAUUGCCGCAGGGUGGAUGAGUGGUAUGGCAACUUUUCCCUGAAAUUGUCGAGCGUGUAAUUCGCCGAUUGGAGAGGUCAAGGUGCUCUCCUCUAGGCUGCUACUACGACUUAGGUGUCGGUACUGUAGUAAGUCACAUACAGUAUGGCCAGAAUUACAUGCCUAGAUGAUUUUAAUUAGAACUUCCUAGAUUGUGUUCAUUCAAAGCACAAUUCAAUGGGUGGAAUAGUGCACAAUCAGUUAAUUUCACGCAAGAAGUGAUAGUCAAAUCCAAACUUAUUUGUAUC